AUGAUGGCUGGGAUUAUGUCUUACUUCGGAGGGAGGCGAGACACGAAACAGGCGGCACGAGACGCCAUCGUAGGGCUAAGGCAGCAACUGCAGAUGAUAGAGAAGAAGGAGGAGCACCUACAGAAGAAGAUUGACGAGGAACUCAAGAAAGCAAAGGCGAAUGCUGUUUCCAACAAGGCUGUGGCUACGCAGGCUCUGCGGCGGAAGAAGGCGAGCGAAUCCGAGAUGGAUCGACUAGCGGGUCAACGGCUACAGCUAGAACUACAAAUCAACACACUAGAAUCUGCCAAUCUGAAUGCGGAGACGAUGGCUGCUAUGAAGAAAGCUUCAGACGUGCUUGGCGUCGAUCCAUGUGGUGAUAUUGAUUCCCGUAGGAACAUGGAUAAGGUCGACUCGACCAUGUCUAAGAUCACGGAGCAGAGAGAGAUUGCUAAUGAAAUCGCAGAAGCUCUAUCAUAUCCCACUGGUACGGAGGCGGACGAGGAUGAACUCAAGGCAGAGCUCGCAGACCUUGAGCAAGAAACACUCGAUGAACGCCUCGCCGGAGCAGAGCAUGUUCCUUUGCACAUUCCUGCAGGAGCUCGUCGGGUGGAAGAGCGACCUAAUGUAGCAGUGGAGGAUGAUGAGGAGGUUCAGUUGAGGGAACUGCAAGCCGCACUAGCAAUGUGA